CGUAGCACGUGAUAUGACGUUGGACCCUCCAGGAUCGGGGAAUUUCAGCCUGUCUGCCACGAACCAUGCUUCGCAUUUUCUCUCGUCAUGAUUUCUUCAUUUUCGGAUUAUUCCUUGACUGUGUGACGCCGACUUCAUUUUAGGUUGCUUGGAGUUGGGUGUUGAGUGCUGCAGAGGAACGUUGUUCGAGCACCAGGAGACACAAAUUGACCGAGAAAUGGAGGUGUUGAAAGGAGUAGGAAAGACACCAGGUGCUGCUGGUGAGCAUCGAAAUGGUGGUUCAAACUCAUUCGGUGCCAUAGGGGCUGCUCUCAUCCCCUCUACCAUCACCGCCAUUUUGUUCAUACUUGCAUUCCUCGUCCUCCGACCACGAUUCAAGAAUAUCUAUGCCCCGAGGACAUUCUUCCGCUCGAUUUCUCGCAAGGAUCGCACACCGUCGUCAAGUCGCAGCUCUUUCUCUUGGUUCCACGACUUUCGGAACCUGGAUGACAAGUUCGUCUUACGGCAUUCCUCCAUGGAGGCCUAUCUAUUCCUGCGAUACCUCCGCAUGGUGGUGCUCAUCUGCGUUGUUGGAUGUUGCUUGACAUGGCCGGUCCUCUUUGCCAUCAACGCAACUGGUGGCGGCGGUGCCUCUGAAACGGACAAGAUCUCCUUUGGCAACGUUUUGAAUUCCAAAAAACUGUACGCACAUGCUAUAGUGGCGUGGAUUUUCUUCGCGUUUAUCGUCCUGCUUGUUACGCGAGAAAGGCUUUUUGUGGUCGGCCUACGUCAAGCGUACCUGACAAUCCCGCUCAACGCCACUCGCUUGUCCUCCAGAGUUGUACUUUACCUCUCAGUUCCACCUGAGGGACUUCUUCCCGAAAACUUGCAACGUUACUUCGGCAAGGACGCUGUCAAAGCUUGGGUUGUUUCGAAUGUCAGCCAUCUCGAAAAAUUGGUGAAGACGAGGGACGGCAAGAUCGAUAAACUGGAAGGACUCGAGCUGGAGCUGUUGAAGAAGGCCAACAAAGCAGGAGAUGAUACCGAGGACAGUUUUCGUAUCACUGGUCCUGCUGCUCGACGUCCCCCACAAGUCGACGAUGAGCAACGGCCCAAACGCCGAUCACCACCCGUCGUGGGCGAGGAGGUUGACCCCAUCUCUCAGCUGCGUGAGGAGAUCACCGACAUUGUUUACGAUGUUGAUCAAGCCCGGCAAGCCGAGUCCAAGGAAGCAGGCACAAAGACAGGGGCUGUGUUUGUUGAAUUCAAGGACCAAGUCAGUGCACAUCAAGCUUUUCAACUGAUACAACAUCCAUCACCUCUUGCCCUUCAACCCAAGUAUAUCGGAGUCCGGCCAAAGGAGAUUAUUUGGAGCAAUCUCAACCUCGACCCGUCACUUCGGAUCACCUAUUCCUACCUAGCAACAGCACUCGCUCUUGCUAUCAUCAUCUUCUGGUCCAUCCCAGUCGGCAUCAUUGGUACCAUCUCCAACAUCGAGUAUCUCACCGAUAAGUUCGAGUGGCUCAGGUUCCUCAAUAAGCUGCCCGAUCCCAUCAUGGACCUCUUGACUGGUCUACUGCCACCACUUCUCCUCAGUAGCGUGGUGUCUUACGUCCCUUACUUCUACGAGUUUGUGGCGACGUUGUCCGGCGUACCAACCAGCAUUGAAGCGAUCAAAUGGGUCCAAACAUGGUACUUUGUGUUCCAGGUGAUCCAGGUGUUUCUCAUCACCACGUUCUCCUCAGGCGCAGCGGCCGUGGCCAACAAGAUCGCCAAUGAGCCUACGAAACUUCCAAAGUUGCUUGCAAAGAAUCUACCCAAAGCAUCGAAUUUUUACCUGACAUACUUCAUCAUUCAGGGUUUGGGCACAGCGUCUCAAAAUAUCGUCAACAUUUCAGGUCUUGCAUCCUAUCUGUUUUUUUACUAUGUCAUGGCCAAGACACCACGGCAGAAAUUCAAUGCUUAUGCUCAGAUGAGGAACAUUAACUGGUUCAACCUAUACCCCAAGUUCACCAAUCUUGCGGUCAUUGCGAUCGCAUACUCGUGCAUUGCGCCGCUUGUUCUGGGUUUUGCAGCAAUUGGAAUAUACUUUCUAUACGUCAGUUACCGGUAUUACCUGCUCUAUGUCGUUCAGGUAAAGUCAGAAACCCGAGGCGAAAGCUACACGAGGACUUUGCAACAGCUCAUGACUGGCGUCUACGUGGCUGAAAUAUGUUUGUUUGGUCUUUUCAGCAUCAAGAAAGCUGCAGGGCCCUCGACUCUUACGAUCUUGCUUCUGAUAGUUACUGGUCUGUACCAUUUGACGGUCAACAAGUACCUUUCACCUCUCGAGACAUACAUCCCAGUAGAUGUCUUGGCAGAGGACGAAGAAGAACCUCUUCUGAAUGGUGAUGGCGAUAUCACGGACCACUCGCGUAUCUUCCGUGUUGGUGCUGGCAAAGUCCCGUCCGUCUUAUUGGACCCUCUAGCGUCCUUCCUCGAGCCUCACAUCUUUGCUUCUCAGGAAGCUUUACGGCCGUGGCUGGAGGAUCCUGAAGGCGAGUUUGCCGAGUCGAACUCCUAUACGGACGAGCAAGUGGAGAAUGCCUACGUCAACCCGGUACUUAUUUCGAAGACUCCCGAAGUAUGGAUUCCUAGAGAUCGAAAGGGCGUCUCUAAAAUAGAAAUCGAAGAGAACGGGAAAGCUGGAAUCCCUAGCACUGAUGAUGGGGCAGAACUGGGUCCAUCGAACGAGAUCUUGUGGGAUCGCGAGGACUUCUCGACCGUGCCUAUCUUCAAAGAGCCGACAAGAUUUUGAGAAGUAGGCUUUUUGACACAGGAGGUUGACCGAAAAGGGUAUGGGAGUCUGAUCAAGACUCAAGGGACAACACCUGUUGCAAGUCCUGGAUUGCGCGACAGCUAUUCUUCGCCGGUUACAAAGACCCGCCCUGUAUGAUUAGACGAGUGACAUGAUUGUGGUGCCGGGUGUUUGGGUCGCGUCAGCAACAUAGUGUUGUAACGGCGUCCCUUCAAAAAUGGAUGCAAUUUGGUACCAUCGGUGACAUCUGCCAUAUCUUUGCAGGACGCGGAUACUGGCUUCCAGCCGUGCCAACCAUGUGUUACUGUUCACCCAACGGUCUACAGAUCCGGAGGUUAAUGCAUACGCGGGCCAAGAAGGGAAAGGUGCUUCUGCAGGUUAUG